CGCGUGGGUCAGGGCUGCCCCGCACCGGGUGUUUGGUUCCCACACCCACGCCGGAGCUAACCCGAGGAAAGUUCACGGCACUGAAUGUCCCCGCAGCAUAGCGUCAUAAUGUUCAUAAAGUAAUUUUUGUUGGUGGCAUCAUCACAGCUCCUUGAGAAGUUCAUGGGAAAAAAACACUGAGGGGAAGGACCAGAAGAGAGAGGACAGCAGAGCAGGAGAGAAUGGAUGGGACUGUGUCCUGUGUCUGAAUUUGGGAGGAAUGAGAGAUUAUUCUGCUGUUGAAUAAACUUCUUCAUGAGCUCUUUGAGCUGCGCAGGUGUUUAGGAGCUGCUACAGCUGCUCGGCGAAUCCGGUGGAUCUUUCUGGAGGUGUUUUGGAGGUGAGGAGGCUAAGCUCAACGGCUGCCAGGCUGCAGCUAUGGUCGUUGAAGCGAGGUUUCCUCCCUCCUCAUCACUGACCUUGCCGUUUGUCUCACCAUGCCGGAUAACCUCACCGCCUCCGUCCUCUACAUUGUCCUGGAACUGCUGAUUGCUGUGUUCUCCGUGCUGGGCAAUGUGCUGGUCUGCUGGGCCGUGUGCCUCAACAGCAACCUGCAGAGCAUCACCAACUUCUUCGUGGUGUCGCUGGCGGUGGCCGACAUUGCCGUGGGCGUGCUGGCCAUUCCCUUCUCCAUCGUCAUCAGCACCGGCUUCUGCUCCAACUUCUAUGGCUGCUUGUUCAUUGCCUGCUUCGUGCUGGUUCUCACACAGAGCUCCAUCUUCAGCCUGCUGGCGAUCGCUAUAGACCGCUAUAUUGCAAUCAAGAUGCCACUCAGGUACAGCAGUUUGGUGACAGGUCAGCGGGCUCAAGGCAUCAUCGCCAUCUGCUGGGUUUUAUCCAUCAUCAUCGGCCUGACCCCGAUGAUGGGCUGGCACAAGCUGUCCGAGAGCAGCAACAGUACCUGCUCACCCGGCCUGAUGAAGUGCCUGUUUGAGGAGGUGGUGGUCAUGGAGUAUAUGGUCUACUUCAACUUUUUUGCCUGCGUACUGAUUCCUCUGCUAAUGAUGUUGGCCAUCUACCUGCGUAUCUUCAUGGCAGCUCGUCAUCAGCUCAAGCUGAUCGAGGUGAAAGCAGUUCACGGGGAGAAGUCGGGCUCCAUGCUGCAGAAAGAGGUCCAGGCUGCCAAGUCUCUGGCCAUCAUUGUCGGGCUGUUUGCAGUCUGCUGGCUACCUUUACACAUCAUCAACUGCUUCACCCUCUUCUGUCCUCAGUGUCAUCGUCCUCCGCUCUGGAUCAUGUAUGUGGCCAUUAUCCUCUCACACGGCAACUCUGUGGUCAACCCCUUCAUCUACGCCUACCGAAUUCGGGAGUUCCGACAAACCUUCCGUAGGAUUAUCCGCCGCCACAUCCUGGCCCAGCGGGAGCUUUUAGGGAGUGGAAGCAAGAGGCGCAACUCCACUCACAACAGCAUCACAGACUCCAUCAGACUCAAGGCAAAUGGCCUCAGUUUUCAUGUUUUCACUGAGCACAGCAGCAGCAGUACCUUUGAAAGCUGCUGCUGCUCCUCUACUAACAUCUCUCCUGUCGGGGGAGGACUAGUGGCGAUAUCCCAUCUCCCUCUGUCAGUUGUUAUCUCCCACUGUCCUCAGUUGGGGCCGUGUCCAUUGCAAGCCCUCAGACAAACUCAAAUCCCAAUGGGUCAUCAUGUAAAGUAUGCGGAGCAGCAGCAUGACUGCAGCGGACCAGUAGUCGCGGAGGACGAGGACAAACAGAACCUCAGCUCUGCGCCGGUUUCAUUGCUGUUAGACAAGCAGGACAGGCAGAGCUACUUUAGUGAGGUGUCAUGACACAGGAGGGAUUGUUAAUUGAUAUUAAGGAUCCUCACAGUAAAAUGUCAAUGUCAGCUCAGCAGCAACUGUCAAUAGACUGUUGCUAGUCCCGAUCUGCAAUGGAAAUGGGAGCACUGUACACAGAUAAUGGACAACAAAUGUCACUGAAAUUAAAUCUCCUCACCACAUACAACUGUCUCCACAAUUUAAAUACAGUGACUUUCGAAUUAAAACCGGAAUAAGAAUCUGAAAGCACUGCUAGUGGCCCAAAGAGGUUGUGCUGCAACAUAACAUAUGCUUCACAAUGACCCAAAGUGUUUCAAGUAGACUAAGCCACUGGCACUUCUAUCUUUGCGGUGCAUGCACUUCACACAUCGCAAACAGUUUCUAAUUCUGGCAAACAAGAUUAUUAAAUGUUUUCUCUUCCUCUUUGUGAAUAGUUGGAAUUCAUUAACGCACUUUGACCAGUGAAAUUGUGAGACCUACCAAAGCUCAGCCAAUCUGGAGAAAAGGAACAGUGUGGACCUCUCCUCUGGAAAAAGCAUUGAUUGUUGCCUUUUCAGGAUGUCCCGUUUUGUUUAACUGCAGGUUGAAAGAAUACUCCAUAGUGUGUGAGUAAAUUUGAUCCUGCCACUUCUGAUCUGAAAUGGGCCUUUGGCUGAGGAAUAAAACUUAUUAAGCACGAGCAGGGGAUUAUUUCUUAAGCAGUAGCACACCAUCACCUACACAGUUUUUAGUUUCAUCCCCUCCCGAUGCCUUGCAAGGUGCACAGAUCUGCAAGGCAAAGUUCAUGCACAGUGUUAAAAAAUUUCACUUUCAGCCUCCUCCUUUCUUUCGCAGUGUAAUUUCAGCUCUCUGGCAGCGAAUUUACGUGCAUUCCCCACAGUAAUGAAUGGGUUCUGAUUUCAUCUUGGACCCUGCGCUGCUUCUAAUUGGACUAAAAGAAUCAAGGACAGUACUUUCACCAGCUAUGGAUUUGUUCAUGUUUGUGUCAACAGCAAUGUAACAUUUUUGAAAAGCAUAGACCUCAAAGUUGGCAAUGUAAUGCUGAACUGUAACCUUGUAUUUUUGUUUGCUCAGUGUGACAAAGUGACUUGAUUGUGUGCUUAUUUAAGUUAAAUCAUGUUGACCUCUGACAUAGUUUGAUGAAUGAUGGGAAAAGAUUUGAUAAGGAUUGUAAAUGAUUGCAUUUUGGACUUAAAUCAAACUCAUGGAAUAUUUUUCUGUUAUUUUUAUUUUUCCUGAUGCAUUCAUCCUCAGUCUAGUGCAGCUAUUACCUUCUGUGUUUUCACAAGGAGGUUGGCACA